GAAUAAUAAUAAAGAAAGACUCGGUGCAGGUCAAGCUUAUUUGAACAGUGGUGGGUGGGGUUGAGGAUCCCCACUGCAACAAGCAGAAAGCUUUCAGUUCAUCCCUCUUGCGCACGGAGAAUCAUCAGAGAAGGUCAUCCCAAAGCCAUUCUCAGCCACUGUCUCGCAAUGGCCCAGCCUGUCGAAGAUACUGUAAAGAAAAUUUUAAACCAUUUCGGGGAGCACCAUGUAUCAAAGGUUGUCCUUGCUGGAGAUGCUGGAGCCGGGAAAACCUGGGUGGCGAGAAAGGUUUGUGAAUCUGCGUUGAAAGAGGAGUUAUCUUAUGGGUCUAUUUGGAUAGUACCAGCAGACUAUUCCGAGAAAAAAUAUCAGCUGUCUCUGCUAUCUUGCGAUGAGGAGUGGGAUGACGAUGAGGAUAGUGAAGAGGUGAAGGAGAAUGAGGACAUGGAGCGAGAAGCCUUGAAGACAAGGAUUCUUGACAAGCUUGAGAAAAUGAGAACUGGAAAACCUAAAAACCAAGCUCGCAAAACUGUCAAGGGGAUACAAGGGGAGACGGAGCUCGGACAUGAAGCUGCAGCAGGAAAGUUUAGAUAUCUUGUUGUGGUUCUUGAUAAUAUUACUGAGGGGGAGGAGGAGAGCAUUGUGCCUGAAUUGAAAAAGAUCCUUCAUUCAAAUUUUCUGAAGAUGCUUAUCACCCGUAAAGAAUCAACAGACAGCAAUGCAGGUGCUGCCUGUGAGAGCAAAGGGGAUGCUAUUCAACCUGAUGAUACAAAGGCAAUUCGAUUGGAGCCCUUAAGUUCCAGUGAUGCAUUAAUCCUGUUGCAAGGACGGGUCAAGACUGAAGUUUCUGACAAUCAGAUGUUGGAAGCCAUUGCUGAGAAAGCCUUGGGUUUGCCGGCUGGAAUCAUUUUGGUGGCAGAGGCGUUAAAGCAUAUUCGCCUGGAGGAUGGGGUUCGGGCAUUUGAGAUUGCAAUGGACGAUGUAGCUAAUUUGAAAGGGGAUGACAUCACAGCAGUUCUGCAGUUUGCAUACGACAUGCUGCCGGAAGGUGUCACUCGCAGCUGCUAUUGGCUUAGCAGGCAACUGUUUCUCUCUCGUGCUGCAGUCCACUUCAAUGAGCUGAUAACUUACUGGAUACUGGAGGGUUGUUUUGACAACCACAAUCUCCUUGAGAAGGCCUACGAGGAAGGUCACCGUAUCCUUAUGGAUCUCAAGGAUCGGGGUAUGCUAAAACAGCAUGGCAAUUAUGUGUACAUGGAGAGGGCCAUGUUGAAAUUGCCUGAUGAGCGACGGAAUGGGUUCAGCGGUGCUGCAAAGCUGAGAUUGGCUGAUGUGCUGAGUAAUGGUCUAGGGAGGAUUACUUUGGCAGAUGGCAUGAUCAGGACAGUUUGCAGGGAUAAAGAAAAUAAAGGAAUGUCCACGCUUAUAAUCGAAGGAGGUCGUCUUUGCAAGGAAGUCUCUCAAGAAUUUUUCAAAUCCAUGAAAGGGCUCAAAUUCCUGGCCAUUUUGAACCCCAUGUUUGAAUAUCUGCCCCCAGGGUUGACUGAAUUGGAGGAUCUGCAGGUGCUUGUUCUGAGAGGCUGUCAGCAUUUGAAGAAAGUGGAUGAGAUUUGUAAACUAACCAAGUUAUCAGUUCUAGAAAUAUCAGGUGCCUCUUUGUUGCUCCAUAUUGAUGAAGAUUUUUUUAAGGGCAUGGCAAACCUUAAAACCGUCAACCUCUCAAGUCUCAACACUAGAUUUGUGCCCGGUUCUCUUUUCAAUCGGGAUGCAGUACGCUUCCUCAUCCUCAGAGAAUGCCCAACAUUUUAUGAACUGCCGAGCUUGAGGAACAUGAGGAAGCUGGAGAUGGUCGACCUGUGUGGGUCUGCCUCGUUUGAAAGACUUUCAGAUGGGAACAUUAAUAACCUUACAGACCUGAAGACCCUAAAUUUUUCUGAAACAAAAGUUAGAAACUUGCCAAUAUUGGGCAAACUUGCAGGCCUCACUCGGAUUUUGUUGAGUGACUGCCUAUGGUUGACAAUGAUCCGUUCCUUGGGUGGAAUGACUAACCUUGAAGUGCUUGAUAUUUCCGGCUCAAUGAACAUAAAGGAUCUCAACAGUGCUCAACUGCUACAGAAGCCUCGCUUCAGGAUCCUUGAUCUUUCGAGGACUGGUAUAAACUCUUUGCCUUCAAGCAUCAGCAACCUGUCCCACUUUCAUCUAAGCGGCUGUUCUGAGCUUGAAAAAUUUCCAUCCACGAAGGCAUUCCAUAACCUUGUGUCCCUGGACCUUUCCGGUUCUGUUAAUUUGGUUGAAAUUGGAGAUGAAUCAUUUGCGCAUCUCAAAGUCCUGCGCCAUCUCAACCUUUCAGAGACUGAGAUUACACGACUUCCUUCACUAUCUGACCUCGUGGAACUUCGUGAGCUCUUGCUAAGGGGCUGCAAAAAACUGACUCAGCUACGCGGCCUGUCCCCACUGGAGAAGCUGGAGGUCCUGGAUCUUUCUGGCUGCUGUGAUCUGAGGAUUGGUCCACCGGAAUCCUUCAGCUGCAUGUCUCGCCUCAAGAAGCUUUAUCUCUCUGGCACCAAAAUUGAUGACUACAUUUAAUGGUGGCUAAUUCGGAAGGGCCAUGCUCUUCCCUACGUCAUACUCUGACUGGAAAUUCAUGAACUGUGAGUCUAUGGGCAUUUCUACUCUUGGAAUUCACUUUGGUGUUUUGCAUAGUGUCACCAUUACUUCUCUUGGAGCCUUCACCGAUUCAGUUUAAUCAAAGAUGAAAGGUCUGCCUGGAUUGCGUGACCUUGAUCGGUAAAUCAGGAGAAGCAGAACCAUGUUUUAGGAUUCUCUAUUUGCUUUUGGUGAUUGCUUGGAGUGACUAUAGACACCGGGGAAGUGCAUAUGCAGGUUGAUCCGUAGGUUCGAAAAGAAUCUUCACGGGCAGCCUGCAAGGUAAGUGAGAGUUGGCAUCCUCUAUUCUCCAUACUAAUAUUAAAGAUAAGCAUUCGAUCAA